AUGAAUGAGUUUAAACAGGCAAACUGCAGAACUGAAACUUCUCUAACAAAUACAAAUCAAGCUCAAUCAACUUGGCAGGCUCCACCUACAAAUUCUCAUAAGAUCAAUUGGGAUGUAGAAGUAGAUAAAGUCAAUUGCAAGGCUGGUUUUGGAGCCAUUGUUCGUGACUGGGAAGGAUCUGUGAUAGGCACAAUGAGAAGGAAUUAUGACUUAUACCUUGAUCCUAUGCUAGUCGAGACCAUUGUUGCAUUUUAUGCAAUAAAAUUCUGUGAAGAGCAAGGCUUCAAGAAUGUUAUAUUGGAAGGAAAUUCUCUGCUAGUUGUUGAUAAGAUUCAAAAGCAACAAGUUGAUGAUACUUCUUGUGGAAUGUUUAUAGCAGAAAUUCUAGAUAUUUUGGCAGGUUUUGAAAAUUGGUCAGUGAACCAUGUUGGGAGGGAUUGUAAUAAGGCAUUUCAUGUUUUAAGCAAAUAUGCUUUGGGGGUUUUAGGAAUCAAAAUUGAUCUCCAUGAGAUUCCUACUUGUAUUCUCCCUUAUUGUUGA